UCUCUCAGGAAAUGUUCGUCAUGCUCGCCAUAAUGGCAACAAUGCCCUAUAUGAGGCCUUAGAGGUGGUCCAAAAUGAGAAUAUUUACUUCGGUUGGUGGCCUCACAGAGAAGAAGAAUACAAAGUUUGGAGACAAAAUGAAAGAAAUAGGUUGAGGGCAAGGUUGGCAAAUGAAGAGAAGGACUUGAGAAGAUUAAGGGUGGAGAAAAGAAGAAGGGAGGGAAAUAAUAGUAAUAGGAAUAGAAUGUCAGGUUUUG